AAUCUUUCCGGGUGCAUACAUUGUGCUAAAAUCACGUGGAUUCGGGAGCACGCUGUAAACGUAAACAAACAUGAGAAUAAACGCGAAAACUCAAGUUUGGUCUCAGAGCGUGGUCCUGGUUCCUUACAGAGAAUAUCAUGUCGCAAAGUAUCACGAAUGGAUGAAGGACCCUUACCUGCAAGCGAUGACAGCUUCAGAACCCCUGAGCCUGGAGCAAGAGUACGAGAUGCAGAAGUCGUGGCUAGAGGACGAAGACAAAUGCACGUUUAUCAUCUUGGACCGGGAAACAUACGAAAGUAGCAAGGAUGAAGUGGAGGCGAUGAUCGGCGACGUCAACCUAUUCUUCAACGACCAGGACCGUCCUCGUGACGCAGAAAUUGAGGUUAUGAUUGCAGAGUCGUCAAAACGCCGGAAAGGCCGUGGCAAGGAGGCGAUUCAUCUGAUGAUGAGAUACGGUAUUGAAGAACUUCAUGUCAUGGCUUUCUCAGCCAAAAUAAAAUUGAUCAAUGAAGUCAGUCGAAGGUUGUUCGAGAGCAUAGGAUUUACUUUGGUAUCGACAAGCAGUGUUUUUGAAGAAGCAACAUACCAUAUUGAAGUCAAUGAUCAGUUGACAACCGCCUUGCGUUCUGCUACACCAGAUUACAAACUUCAUUCACUGUCAUAAUUACUGGUUCUUGGUGUAUACAUGUCUCAACACAACAUGCAAAUAACUGUACAUGAAGCAGAGCUGAAAUUAGUAGUUCACAUGUGACAGUGAGAAGUGGCAGGCAGACUGAAAACGUGAACCCAGAAUAAACUUUAUUUGAUCAAA